AUGGAAGGUGUAGAUUUAAAUAUUUCAAUAUAUAAUAAUUCUGGUGAUGAUCGUUCAGAUUAUAAUGAAGAAGUUGUUGCGCGUGAUGUUGAGGAAGAUGUUGCAGCGGCAGAAUUAUCGUUAAAUUCACAUGUGGUAGAAGAAAUCGAUGAUGUUGAUCAUGUUUCCUCAGCAAUUGUUGUUAGUCAUGAUAGUUCAUUGGUUGGAAUCGAUGAUCGUGUCCCUGAAUCUUUGGAAGUUGUUGAUGCAUAA